GACUUUCGUUGAAUCAAUAUAACAUGCGUAUCCAAUCUUUCCUCCUCUUGGCCGGAGCCACAGCCGCCGUCGCUGCCGAGACAGUCUCUCUUUUCCUAAUCGGCUUCGAUGAGCAACCACUUGAGGGCAAGAUCAUUGGCAUUACCAGUUCCAUGACCAAGUAUCUCGUCAAGUGUGGUGCUGGUGUUGACUCCACCGAAUGUGGCCUUCCCACUGAUGGCAUAACCGUGGCCCAAGGCUCUUCAACCGUCAGCUUGGCAUACGGCACGGGACGUAUGUCCAUCGCUGAGAACUGCAAGUAUGAUUCCGUAAGCGUGACCUGCGCCGCAAGCCUCGACGAGGAAGGCAUAACCACCACCUUCACCUCUGCCGUCGCCCUCACUGAAAUCCCCGGUGGCGGCGCUAUGAUGCCUGUCACUAUCACCGGAACUGGAACAGAGAAGGCUGCCGCCACCACUGGUGCCUCCGUAUCGGCUUCUACCGCUGCCUCGACUAGCGGCGCUACUUUGACUACCGACGCUUCAACUACCGAUGGUACUAGCACUGGUACUAGCACCAGCAACUCCUCGGACAGCAGUAGUGCUGCUGCCACCAGUCCGACUAAAUCUGGUAAUGCUGCUAUGCCGAUGAUUACUGGAAACGCGCGCUGGGCUGCCGGCGGUGCUGCAGCUGUAUUGGCUCUUGCCGCUCUUUGAUCAUCUAGACAUUUUUAUGAUGUUGAAGGUGUUUAGUUGUGGCUCGGUCAACGCCUCUCUGCCUUGACCAAAAAUACAUUUUUAUGUAGCAGCUACAACCGAAUCAUCUUCCCUCACUCUGCCUACCGCAUUGCGGUUGAGAAUAAGCUUCCAUUCGAUUGUGUAACAGAGUAUCUCGGGGGGUUUUCAUCGUAGUCGCCACUUUUUACCCAUUCCGCAAACGGUAAAAAAUUGAGUUGAUCUGACCGUGGCUCUGGCACGAUACGGCUAGGCGAGUAAAAGGUGACUGGUGUGCUACCUAAGUUCCCAGGCGUAGGGACAUACUGCGAACUUUCUUCCCAUAAGGAUCGCGUUCAUGCCGAUUUCGUGAUGCUUGGCCUCAAUAGGCUCACCGUUCAAUCUCUGUCGAUAGUGAGUAGUUAGUUCGCAGAUGUACAGAAGUACAUUUAGUAUAGGUCACGAUGGGAGAGCGUUAUCAUGCUAGGG